AUGACGAAACUGCAAUUUCUAGAAGAUCGUUUUACUGAGGUAGAAGAACAGCUGGUAAAAAAGAUUAAUGAUUUAAGCAGUAGAAUGGAAAGCAUCAUACAACACAAGAACGAUUCAAACAAAGUGCGGGACAAUGUGUACACAUCCUGCAGCGAGGUUCCCUCUUCCGGAAUAUACUCCAUUCAACCGAAUAACACCUUCAACGAACCGAUGAGGGUGCUUUGUGAUCAAGAUUACGAAUCCGGAGGCUGGAUUGUGAUUCAACAUCGUUUUAACGGAUCGACGGAUUUCUAUCGGAAUUGGGAAGAGUACAAGAAUGGUUUUGGAAAUCUGGAAGGAGAGUUCUGGUUGGGUCUUGAUCGUAUUCAUCAGUUAACAGCUUCACGUCCACAUGAGCUGGUGGUGUUGAUAGAAAAUAUUUAUGAUGUAAAGUGGUUCGACAAAUACGAUCAGUUUGAGAUCGGAGACGAAAACGAAAAAUAUGUGUUGAAGAAGCUAGAUUAUAAUUCC